AUGACUGAGACUCGGGUUGUUCCAAGUGGAAAGGUUUACCAACAAAUGUUUGACGCUCAGGCUCACUUAUCACUGUCUAUUCAUGAAAGGAGGAGGAGGCGUGCUGCACAUGCAGGUUCUCUGAGUGAGGAUAGCCCCAUUAGCAGGAACACAGACACUGGAUCCGAUCAGCAUCCUCUAAGGAGUCAAAGUGGGGCUGAGCAGUGCUCUGAGGUCACUAUGAGAAACCAGCUUUUUUCAGGAACACAACCUGUAUUCAGCAUAGACCAGGAUGAUCAUGAAGAGAUCAGAGGACUGCCUGACAGUGUCGUUUCAGCAAAGACGGGCUCAGACAUCGUUGAGCGACUCAAGAAGAAAAAACAAAGGGAACACAUGGAAGCUGUCACUCAGCUCCAAAGAGAGUUUACUGAGCUCAGUGCGGACUUUGAGUCAUUGGUGAGAGAGACUGGGGAAGAUUUCCUUCUCAAACUAUCAGAAUAUGAUGAGGAGGUGGAGAGAUCGAUGCAGAAAACAGAACAUGGUGCUGAUUUAGAAUCCUUCAGCCAGCAGGAUCUACAUGAGAUUUGGACCUGUGUAAGCCAUGAGUUUGCUAUGAGGAGAAAUUGUAUCCAGGAGUUGGAUGAGCUAUUUGUCAAAUAUGAGCUCGAACGAGCAGCAAUGAUUACUGCAGUGCUACAGAAAUACACAAUGAAACUUGAAAAAAUCAGUUAUCUGUUGCCCAGUGAUAUCCACCGAUUAAUUAAUAAUGAAGCUAUGAUGAUAAAUCAAGCAUUGCUGGCAAACAGACGAGCUGUGGCUAAACUCCAUUUGAACCUGAUGGAAAAGGAUUUGCAGAAAGAGGUUCUUUACCACCAGAGAUGGCAGACAAACCUUCAGAACUGGAAAAAAAUCAAGGUUGCUGUUGCAGUCAGCCAGUUUAAAGACUUCAUGAACAGCCCUGAAAUUCAAAACCCCAAAAAUGUACAAGACGCUUUAAACACCAUGCAGACAAAACAAAAAGCAUACAGUGAGCAACGCCUCAAAAUCCUUGAGCAAGUCAGAAACAUGACCCCACCAAACUGCUCGAAAUCAUCCGCUGCUGAAUGGUACGCCUCUUUAUCUUCAGUGAAUGAGCAAAUUGAUUGCAUGCACACGGAGACCAUGACAAAACUGCGUGAAUAUUAUGAGAAUACCUGGCAAGACUGUUCCCUGGAAGUUGAACGCGUCAAGAAUGAAGUGUCUACCUAUGGAGUCACCUCAGACCAGAUACAAGACGUUGUUAUUAGUGAGAUGGUGCCUCUUAUUGGCAAAUGCCAGACCCAAGCGGAGGAGCGUUUAGCAGCAAUGGAAAAAGCCUUUGAGGGUUUGGCCAAAACUACUGCAUUCCUGAGUAAGUCUUUGUUCAAAUUUGUGCAUGGGGCAGCUAAUAUUUGGGACGUGCACAGCACAGGUCUGCAGAGGACUGAGCAGCAGUUGCAGGAUUCUCUCAAGGAAGUCAGCAAGAAGUAUGAAGAAAAGAAGGAAAAAAAAGAGGCUCGGCUGGAUGUGAUGAUGGACAAACUCAGGCAGGAAAGCACAAAGGAGGCCCUCAAAGCUGGACUGGAGCAGAUACUUAACUUUUUAGAGGAAAUUAAGGAAGGAUAUGUCAGUCUCUAUAAGGAGGGAGUUGAUACAGUGGAGAGGUAUCCUGUAAUGGUCCUAAAAGAAAUACCCCCAUACAGCAUUUCAGUCAGUCGAUACUUCAGUGUCAAUGAAAUAUACAGUCAGGACCCAGAGGAGCUUCAGAUGCUUUAUCCUUCACUUAUCCUUGGUGCAAGUCAGACAUCUCGCAUAAAGAAGUCACCCUCAGUAAAUCUUUGCCCAAAUGCUUUCCAGAAUAUUACUCCUCAAGCACACACUCCAGAUUUAUCCCACACUGAGGAGAAUAUUUAUUUUUUUUCCUCACAGGAGUUCAGAGACUCUCAAAACAAUGAAACUUUCACAACAGUAAAGGGAAAUGUCUACAGCUGCCCUGUAAUACAGUGUGAAGAUGCUGAAGAGAUUUUCAAUGUUAUGGAAGUAGAAGCAGUUUUGUAUCCAAAAAGUCUCAUAGUUGAAUUACAAAGAGAUGUAAGAAAGAAAUUCUUUAAUCACCUUGAGGAGAGGAAUCAGGAGGUUCUGAAUCACGCCGUGGCCAUCAUGGAAGCCAAGAAAGAGAAGCUGAAGUCUGAACUGGAUCUCCGGCUCCAUCUCCAUCAGCCUCGAACCAAGAGGAUCGAGAUGGACAUUUACAAUGUCCGAGCAGCCGAACUGAUCUUACAUAAAGAUCGUGUGGAUAGACACUGUGACGGUGUUCUACAGGCUCUAGCUGAUUUCCGAACCGACUUCAACAACCUCCAGGUCACACAGCGCGAUAAAACUGAAGAUUUUUGUGCUAAAAUUUCCAGCAUGGAGGACAUGUUGUACACUGCUACCAAGUCUGACACGCUGGUGAAACUUGGUGAUUCACUGCAAAUCAGCUUAGCUGAACACAUGAAUAUCAUCCUGGAAUUACAGAGACAAUUUAGACAAAAUACGGAGUCCAGAUUUCAGGACCUGAGAGAGGCCAGUGCACAAUUAAUGAAGCAUUUCAAGCUCUUUAGUGAAGGAGGUAAUUUUACUCCAAAAGAGAUUAAGCAAUACACGAAGCAGCUAGAGAAGAUUGCUAAACGCAUCGACUCAGCUGAUGAGGCUCUAAUGCUGGACAUGGAGUGUGCAGAAUCCAAAUGCCUGGACCAGGCAAAAGAUGCAAUCAGGAAGUUUGAAGAGAAGCUCCAGUUUCUGAAAGUGGAUCUAAUAUUUCUUGAGAAAAUCCAAGGAUUACUCACAAACACCCAAGUCCAGAUUAAAUCAGAGGUCAUGAAGAGCAACGCUCACAAAAAAAAGAUCAACACUGUGAUGAGUGAACUGAAAGAUAAGCUUGAUGCCUGCACCCAACUCGGUCUGGAUAACAGGGUAACAUCUGGUGACAUUUUUGGUUUAACAUCUUCCCUGAUAGAAGAACUGAGAAUGAGAAGUCAGUAUCUGGACUGUUAUCUGGACCUUUCUAUGGCUGUUCCACUGCCUGACACACCUCUGCAGGGGGCAUUUGCUGUGGAUGCUUGUUCAGGGUCACAUACGCAGGAGAAGGUGGGAAGCCCAGCUACGGAUCCCCUUCUCCAGCCCAGCAGAAUGGGAAGUACCUUCAUGGAUGACAAGGCUGUAGAGGUGAUCAGAGGACUGCAAAGGAUAAGCAAACCUCAAACCUGCCAAGAGAUCAGUGUAGGUCUUAAAGCGACAAAGUCAGCAGCUCCUCUCAGAACAAGUUCUCCUCCAGUGUCAGUUAACUCACAGAGGGUGAGAAGAUUGACCAAACCCACUCGGUUCAGUAAGAGAUUCCAAUUCCAAGUGUUCAGCCCUAAACCUGAUGAUCAACAGGAAAUCCUCACUUUUAAAGGUUUGAUCACUAACAUUCUGUGGGAAGCCAAUGACCGCCUUCUUCAGGAAGCUGAGGACUUCUACAAGAAAAAGGGGCGCCGCUUGGUCAGCCGUCCUCAGUAUAUUCAGGAAUCUUUUGAGCCGUGUGCCGAAGACUUGAACAAGAGACUCCUUGUCUACCAAAGUCAAUCUGAUGAGUACCACCAUAGCUGUGUACAAGAGUUCUGUAAGCAGCUGAAGACCAUUGAGGAGAUGGUCUGUGAGAUACCUGAAGCACUUCUAACAAAACUGAGAGAUGAGCAUUUGGGGGACCUGAGUCAGAGUUUGACACUCAUCCGCCAGCAGUUUGAACGGACUCGGCAACAAAGUGAAGAAAAGAAGAGAGAACACAGCGGUCAGCUGUCUGUACGUCUGAGCCACCCGGCUUGUGAGGAAGAACUGAACAGGCUGGUCACAGCUGAGGAUGACCGGCAGGAAGAACUGAGGAAGGCUAUUACAAAUAACAGACUGGAACUCCAGGCGUGUAUUAAGAAGAAUGCAGAUGAGUUUGUGACUGCACUUGCCACAUUGACAGAGAACUUGCUCUUCCAAUUGGACAACAUCCUUACCGUUGACGAGAUCCAAGGUGGAUCCGUAGAACCAAAGCAGGAAAACAUCAUAACACUUGUUCGGAAAACAAAAGCGGAUCCUGUGCAGGAAGAGGAUGAGAAGAGUCCUUUACUGGGGAGAGGGAGCAGAGCGUGGCCAGGAGUUACUUACUUUGGGACCACUGAACGAGAGACAGCCACCAUCACUACAGCUAAAACCACAACGGCACACUUUAAGGCUAUGGAGGUUCGAAAUGCUCUGCAUCAGAGUUAUGAGCAGAGGCUCAUGGAGGAGCUUGAGAGUGUGGAGAAAUCCAGGCAGGAACAGGAGGCAGAGUUGUUCCAUUGGCAACAGCACUGGAGAGGCCAAUUAAAGACACUCUCUACACUCAACUCAGAAUGACUGUGAGGGAUUAGUGGACAUUCUCUGUCAGGAACGAUACUGGAACAAUACAACCCCGCCCCCAAACCGGAAGCAAGCACGUUACCAUCUUUAUUGGAGACGUCUAUAGAAUCAGCUCUGGACAGCAAGGAGUCACAGGGUUCCUACGCAGUAUGGAAAAGUAUGGAAUUUGAUUUUAGUAGUUUCCAGGUCUGGAUAAGUAUGGAAAAAGGAAACUAGAGUAUGGAAAAACAUUUCUGUUUCCAGACUAUUGCCACGACUUUCUUUUCUAAAAUAUAAAAUUAAACCAAAAUGUUCAAACUAGUGUGAGUCUGAUGUUGUUGAAUUUAAGGAAGGCAAGACGUGCAUGCAAUAUGUCUGAGGUGAUUGCUGUGGCAUCUGCCAUCAGUGAACUAUCUGAGGUUAGCACAUUGGGCUAUGUCGUACUUAUGCAGAACUAAAAAAAAAAUUGGCACAAAUGCACAUUACAAAUGUAAGAAAGGGUAAUUGCAAGUUUUACCAGUGUUGUGGGGCGUGAAUGAUGACAAAUAUCGUGUGUGUGUGUGUGUGUGCACGUAUCAGUGUUUGAAAUUGGCACCCACUUCCUGCCAAAUGUGAGUGAUUUUGCUCAGCCUACCAUACACAGUGGUGGGUAAAUAAAAACAGCAUAUAUAAAUAAAAGAAAUAAUGCAAUUGUAACAGAAGUAUUUGUGGCAUUCCACAACGCAGUUUGAAUCACGAGUCCACUUGUUCCACCUGGACACUUUAAUGACGACAAUCUCAUUAAAGUGUCCAAGCGAAACAAGAAGACCCGGAUUCAACGUGGCAACCUGAGCGUAGAACGCUAACUAGCGCCAACUUGAGCAUAGAACACUAACUACCGAUUGAUGGUUAAAGAGAAUUACCUUAGGUCAGGCAACCUGAGCUAGCGUUGCAGCAAACAAACAAACAAACAAAAAUCUUAGAUCAUUAGGGAUUAAGUGGUCCGAGACGCAGGCCAAAAAACAUUUGUUUAAUGAUGAAUGGAGAAAAGCCAACAACAGAGAGUCCCAUGAAUGGUUCGUGGUUUGUUUGUUUUGAAAUCUGCCCAACUUAUCAAACAUAACUUCCAUCAGUUCACAGUUGUGUGUGUGUGUGUGUGUGUGUGUGUGUGAGUGCUAAUGACAGAAGGCGAGACGUGACAAAUGGGGAGAGUGUUCUAAACUUUUUGUGACCAAUGAUCUUUAAACAGUUGUACUCCAUCUAAUAUUCACUGAAGCAAAGUCAGUGGAUUUCUGUUCGCUUUUCUUUUGAUGAGUUGUCCAUCAACGUCCCUCCUGUUACUGUUAGAGGGUAGAAGGUAUCAGUGUAGUUUUUCAAGUUUACAUGGCAGAAACAGAAUAACACUGCAUUGUUUAACAUUGCAGCUUGAAUAAAAUGCUGUGCAUUGAACUUGUCUGGGGCGGCACGGUGGUGUAGUGGUUAGCGCUGUCGCCUCACAGCAAGAAGGUCCUGGGUUCGAGCCCCGGGGCCGGCGAGGGCCUUUCUGUGUGGAGUUUGCAUGUUCUCCCCGUGUCCGCGUGGGUUUCCUCCGGGUGCUCCGGUUUCCCCCGGGUGCUCCGGUUUCCCCCACAGUCCAAAGACAUGCAGGUUAGGUUGACUGGUGACUCUAAAUUGACCGUAGGUGUGAAUGGUUGUCUGUGUCUAUGUGUCAGCCCUGUGAUGACCUGGCGACUUGUCCAGGGUGUACCCCGCCUUUCGCCCGUAGUCAGCUGAGAUAGGCUCCAGCUUGCCUGCGACCCUGUAGAAGGAUAAAGCGGCUAGAGAUAAUGAAUGAAUGAAUGAAUGAACUUGUCUGGGUUUGGUUUUAACUGAUUUGUAUUCAAAAUGAGCAUAUAUUUUUCAAAAAAGAAUAAAAUCUGUUUCAAUGUU